AUGAAAAAUGAAAAAAGUCAAGGGCUUGGACCGGUGAGCAAGGAGAAAGAUGAGUCGAGUUUACCAGGUCGGAUCGUAGAUCAGAAGUGGUUAGGUGGGCCGGGCGCAGUGCCACCGAUCUGUAGAUUGAAGUGUGGUAAGUGUAAGCCGUGUAAAGCAGUUUACGUUCCGAUUCAACCAGUUCUGAUUACACCAUUGGAGUAUUUUCCGGAAGCUUGGCGCUGCAAGUGUGGCAACAAACUCUUCAUGCCCUAA